UGCUGAUAGUUCCACAGAUACGAUUCGAAACCGUUUGAUCACAUUUGAGGUGGAGAAUUAGGAUUUGGAUCCUCAUAGUCUCUUUCAGUAAAAAAAAUUUCGCUGUCAUUUUCUUGUUGAUCAGUACUUAUGUGAAGUUCUUUCAAUGGAUCCGUCGCCGAGAAGACAACUGUGUAUUUAGAAAGGCGACCGGGUGGAAACUGAUCGAGAAGUAGAAGACAUGGCCACCGGCAUUAGAUUGAGGAUUAUGCGCCUGCUGGUGGCGAUUAAUUUGGUAAUCUUGUCAAGAUUGUCUCAGUACUCGGCAAACGCUGCUGUCAGUAUUCGUUUAGCAGGUGGCGAUUAUCCAUUUUUGAAGAAUGCUUCCGCUGCGCCGCCUGUUGCCACCGAUUUCGACUACAUCAUUGUGGGCGGCGGCACUGCGGGUUGUCCUCUCGCGGCCACCUUGUCGCUUAACUAUUCUGUUCUGUUGCUCGAAAGAGGAAACACGCCUUACGGCAACCCUGACAUCGAGAGUGCCGCCAACUUCGGAAAACUCAUCUCCAACAUCCAGGGCAACACCUGGUUCUCGCCCGUACAGAGUUUCCAGUCCCAGGAUGGCGUGUUCAACCGGCGCGCUCGGGUGCUUGGAGGAGGCAGCUCCAUCAACGCGGGGUUCUACAGCCGAGCCAGCGACGAUUACGUGAGCAGAGCCGGCUGGGACGCGGGGAUGGUGGCGUCCGCUUAUGAGUGGGUUGAGAGCGUCGUGGCAUUCUUUCCUCGAUUGCAACAGUGGCAAACAGCAGUGCGAGACGCAUUGUUGGAGGUAGGUGUUGGUCCGGACAAUGGGAGGACUUACAAGCAUGCCAGCGGCACGAAAGUUGGGGGUUCAAUUUUCGACGAGGCUGGGAAGCGUCACACAGCCGCUGACCUGCUUCAGUUCGCGAACCCGAAUAACAUCACGGUUCUACUCUUCGCAAACGUGCACAGGAUCCUCUUCGCUCCCCCAGUACCAGGGAGUCCACCCAGAGCUAUUGGAGUUGUAUUUUCGGAUGUUUUGGGAUUUCAACACCAGGCCUCUCUUCGUCAAGUAGAAGGCAGCGAAGUUAUUCUGGCCGCUGGGGCGAUCGGAAGUCCGCACCUGCUCAUGACAAGCGGGAUUGGGGAUGCGGACGUUCUUGGACCACUUGGCAUACCUAUUGUCGUGAAUCUGACAGGGGUUGGGAAGGACAUGGCUGACAAUCCAGCAAAUGCAAUUUACGUGCCGUCUCCAAAUCCAGUCGAAGUUUCCUUGAUCGAGACAGUCGGUAUUACCAACUUCGGAAGCUUCAUUGAGACUGCGAGUGGCAGCCAGGCAAGUUUAUCGCAAGUAGGAUCUCUAGGUAUAAUGGCACCCUGGUUUAGAAGCGAGGAACUUGUUGUCAAGUAUGCAGAGGCACUCAACAAUUUGCCGGUGAGAACGCAACAGAUUCUAGGACAAGCUGGUGUCAUCUUGCAGAAGGUAGAUGGCCCAUCUUCGAAAGGAAAUCUAACUCUUAACCAAUCCAAUAUUGAAGACAACCCCCUUGUUCAGUUUAAUUACUUCUCAGAACCUGAAGAUCUGUACACUUGCAUCGAGAGCACGCGAAUGGUGAAACAAAUCCUUGAAACGGAAGCCAUGAGAAACUAUACUUACACAACCUUGCCCGAAACGAUUCUUAACAACGCGGAAUUAGUGGGCAACUUGAUACCAACCAGGCUGGACGUGGAUACACUCUCAGAAUGGUGCCGCAAUACAGUUAUUACGAUCUGGCAUUAUCACGGAGGCUGUGGAGUUGGAACUGUCGUGGACAAUGAGCAUAGGAUCAUUGGGGCUGUCGGUAUAAGAGUUAUAGACGGGUCAACGUUUAAUUCCUCGCCAGGAACGAAUCCCCAGGCAACUGUGAUGAUGCUAGGCAGAUACAUGGGGUUGAAGAUACAUCAGGAUCGACAAAGAGCGGUAAGAUGAGCAGUAAAAAAAUCUGAUAUUGUUUUUUACUUUUAAGCUCUUGGAAUAUUUCGAUUAGUGCUUGCUUAGGGUAGUGUGCUUUAAAGUAUGUCCAGGUGUGACUAUCUUUUUUGGCACAGUCCAACUUCAGCACAAAAACUCCAUGUCACAUAUUAAGGUUAAGAUAGUAGAAUAAGCAGUUCAAGGACACUUCUGCCAAGCUAGUCUCUCCAAAUCGCGAAAGGCAGGUCUAUACUGAUAUUAGAUUACCAUUAGUUCUCAAAAUUCUGUACAGGGGGGAGUUUGACUAGCUCAAUACACUCCUGGAAAUUGGUUCUGUGACACUGUAGAUAUAUGCAGCACAAUAAGUCAACUGAAUGCUGGUGCUUGACUUUUCUGACAAGCCAAAGUCUGUCUCAUCAUUUACUCAGAAACAUAUAGGCCUGCUCGGCAAUUCAGUAGGCCGAAAUGAGUAGAGGAUGGAGAUGUUUGACUGAGGAAGUCUGGAUUAACGAACUUGAGGUUGAGACAAAUUUCUCUUUAGAGUUACUGACGUGCGAGUGCAGUCAAUCCUAUUCAAUUAAUUGCCAUGGAAAUUGUAGCAGUAUCUCAGAGUAGGAAGGAUAAGAUUUGAGUUAGCUCUAUCAUCUUUUUGUUGUGGAAUUCAUAUGAAGACGCUACGUAAACCUAAUAGUUCGCGACGCGAUCAUUGCUACAGCGAUAGAUUACUUCCAGAACACUCCGAGCAGCAUAGCUCGUGAGGUGAAUACUCCUACAAUCUCCUGACAUAUUUGAACUCAUGGUGCUAUAUGAACUUCAAGCGCCAUUUCCUUUCAACCGCAGUUUCAAUAAAUGAGAGUGGAGAACCCUAAGUUUCGUAA